AUGAAUAAUCCGUAUUAACCAUAUAGACCUUAUUCAAGAUUGGGGAAUACUCCUCCUUAAAAUCCAAAUAUUGUGUCUUAUGUAGACUCAGUAUUAUAGAAAUCAAGAAAUAUGUACGGACAUCGAGCAUCUGAUGCAUAGACAAGAUUUCAAUAAUAAUAAGGAAAUACAGGGAUAGUAAAAACAGAUACAGAUGUAAAGUACAUAAUAAGUUCUCCUUUACUUGUUUCUCAAAAAUCAAUGGUGCAACAAUAGACAUUAAAAAGCAAGCUAGAGUAUUAAUCUCCGAAGAAAAGCGAAUAAAUUUAAUUUCAAUUAGAAUAGAACUAGAAUGUUGGUUUAAUUGGAUAAAGUAAUAAGAGAAGAGUAGAGAGUGAGAAAGUAAGGAUGUUAUUAAAUUAUGAAGGUCCAAUUGAUUAGUGAGUAAGAGAAAAGUGGGAUGCCAAAAUAUAAGAAUUUUAUGACAAUAAAAAGGUUGGGUGUUGGUAAGUAUAGUGAAGUGUUUUUGGCAUUAUAGAUUCAAACAGGAUUUUUGGUUGCAUUAAAGGUGAUAUAGAAAGCUUUGAUAAUAAAAGAGAUGAUGUAAGGUUAAUUGGCAUGGGAAAUAAAAAUUUAAUAUCUUCUAGAUCAUCCAAAUAUCACAAGAUUGUACACAUUCUUUUAGACUUGUAAGAUUAAUAAAAUACCUGCGUAGAGACUGAAAUCGUAUUAGUAUUAGAAUAUUGUUCUCAUGGAUAAUUGAAUAGUGUAUAACAAACUAAAUAGAAUAAGAGAUUCAAUGAGAAAGAAGCAGCUCAAAUGGUUUAAUAGAUAACACUAGCUUUGAUGUAUAUUCAUAAUUAGGAUGUGAUCCAUAGAGAUAUAAAGCCAGACAAUAUCUUAUUGAGUUUUGGAUAAGUUAAAUUAGCAGAUUUCUCUUUCUGCGUUUAUUCUCCAGAUGAAUAUAGAUAAACUUAAUGUGGAACAUUGAUAUAUGCAUCACCUGAGAUCUUAGAAGGAGAUAUGUAUGAUAAGAAGAUAGACAUUUGGGGUUUGGGAGUUUUGACAUAUGAAUUAUGUUUUGGAAAGCCUCCCUGGAAAGAGAAUUAAUAGGAAUUAAUGAAAACAGUAAUAUUCUUAAUUAUUUAGGCAUGUUUUAUGAUACCUUAUACUGCAUCUAGGGAUUUAAGAGAUUUUAUAGAAAAUCUAGUUAAACGACUAUCUCGCGAGAGAUACACUGCAUAAUAAGCAUAUAAUCAUGCUUGGUUGUAGAGAAGUAUGCAAAUGAUACCAUUUUACAUUUCCACUAAUGAAAAUUUAUUUAAUUGA